AUGACGGGACGAAAUCGGUCCAUUUCGCUGAUUCUUUUCAUCAUUUUCUUAAUACCAGACAUCCAUACCUCAACAUGGCGUAUUCCAGCAACUGAAGUGAAGCAUAAACUUAAAGAAAACAGUCAACCUGGGCAAAUAAUUGGUAUUGUUACUGGCCUUUCAUCACAGAAGAGUGUCACAAAUGCACUUGGAGCUCCAUCCCAAUUUUUCCAACUUGAUCCAAUAACCAGAGAACUAUCUUUAAAGACAGAAAUUGAUGCUGAAAAACUUUGUGCACUAGCUACAAGACGUGAUGAUGAUAAAGGUAGGUCUUUGAAGUUUAUGCGUCAAAAUUCUAUGCCCUUUAUGCUGUUAAUAUUUGAAAUUUUAUGCAACAAUAUCAUGCGUCUUUAUAAUUUAUAA